CUUCCCGCCGCUCCUCUCGCUCCGUUCUCUCCCCCCGGCCCGGGAAAAUGGAGGAACCCCCGAUGGCUUCGGCUCCCAACGGUCGCUCCCCGGCGCUGGGUCCAGAGCGGCCCGAGGAGGGGAUGCUCUGUGUGCCGGAACGAGGCAAUCCUCCCGUUGCAGCUGCUGCCAGCACUGAAAACCUGUGUGCUUCGUGGUGUCCAUCGCCCAGCUGGCAACGAUUCCCUGGUGUUUGGUGCAUUAAGUCACACCCAGCUGUGUGGGAUGGCAGGUGAGCACAUUGCCCGAGCCUUUUAGCUUUUCUGGCUCACACACAACUUCCUUUCCUUUUUUAUAUGGAAAUCAGGGAAGAGGGUAGUGUAUAUUAGUAUAUUAGCAUUUCUAGCAGAUUUUUAACUGCCACUGAUGCCCGUUCAUCUUUGCAGUGUGGGUUUUCAUGCUGACAAAUCCUCUGCUUUGCCUUCUGCUCAGAGUCAGGUGGGCCCUUUAUUGAACAGAUUUAUCUGCUACAAGGCUACGCAGAAGGAUGGAAAGGAGGAACACAGGGGGGAAAAAAAAAUAGAUGAAAGGCCAUGCAUUGAUCACCUGAUGUACUCCAGAGACAAACAUGGCUAUUACAGGGGCUGGUUCUGGGGUAACAAGGAAACACAAGGCCUAAACACCUCUGGCUUGUCUGUCCAAGGAUCUGCCUCAAUUGUGGCUCCCAUCCUUCUGAAGAACUCUUCAGCACAGGGCAGUCGAGUGCUGGUUAUAAAGGUGGUGAUAAUUAGGAAUAAGCUGUUUAAGCUUGGAUAAAUGUUUAGAAAUCAUUGCUUUGAUAUUGCUGUGUAAAACGCUCGCUCACGGUGGGAGAAUUCUCCAGGGUCAAGCUGUUCAGAGGCAGGGUUCCUGGACGAGGUGACCCAGGACAGCUUCGUGCUGGGCCCGGGCUACGACCGCCCCUAGCAGCUGGAGCCCGCGGUGAGGGAGCCCAAGAGCAUCCAGCUGUACCAGCACCUCAGCCUCAAGAGCUGCAUCUGGACCUUCGACGCUUAUUACGACAUGACCGAGUUAAUUGAUGUCUGUGGGGGCUCUGUCACCGCUGACUUCCAGGUAAGGGACUCUGCCCAGUCCUUCCUGACAGUCCACGUCCCUCUCUCCGUGUCCUACAUCUGUGUGACGGCACCGAGGGGCUGGGCUUCCCUGGAGCACCGCACCGAGAUGGAGUUCUCCUUCUUCUACGACACCGUUCUCUGGAGGACAGGGAUCCAGACGGACAGCGUGCUCUCGGCCCGCCUGCAGAUAAUCCCCAUCUACAUCCGCGAGGACGGACGGCUGGUCAGCGAGUUCAGGACGCAGGCCAAGUUCAGAGCGCUGUUUGUCAUGGAGCACCACAGCCUGCCAGAGGUCAGGUCCUCUUUGAGAACUCCAGAGCACCUGGGAGGCAUCGAAUUUGACCUGCAGCUGCUGUGGAGUGCUCAGACUUUUGAUUCUCCCUACCAGCUCUGGAGAGCAACCAGCUCCUACAACAGGAAGGAUUACUCUGGAGAAUACACCAUGUUCCUGAUCCCCUGCACGGUGCAGCCCACGCAGCCGUGGGCAGAGCCUGGAGCCAAGCCCCUGCCCUGCAUGGCUCACGCUCCCGAGCGGUUUUUGAUCCUGAUCACCUUCCAGCAGACAAGCCGCCCAGUUCCAGUUGUUUACUCCCAGAACACAAGAGUUUCAGAUCUGUAACGACGAGAAGGUUUUUCUAAUGGACCCCACCAAAUCGGAAAGGUCUCUGGCAGAAAUGGAUUACAAGGGGGGCUUUUUCCAAGGGUAGGAUUUACCUCUCCUCUUCUGCUUGUGCCCAGCGUUUCUGCUUUCACAGCUUCCAUUCCCUGGAGAGGAAAGGGCAAAACCCACAGGUAGCUUUGCCUCUUCUACAGCAAUCAUUGACAUCUUACAGCC